CGGAAAAGCAGUAGUAGCAGCAGUUAGUAGAGCGCCCGCCUGAGUAGUACAGUAUCAGCCGUAGCAGCACAAGCAGCAGCAGCAGCAAUAGGAAAUACUAAUAACUCGUCCUUGCUCUUUUAUGAGCGCUUCUAUUUUAGACGCUCUGGUGGUGUUGUUUGAGCAUUAAAACCAUUUUAUACUUGAAAAAAGGAAUAUAUGAUGUGAAAAGUUACGAAAAAAACUGAAUAUUAAUGCACAUAAAUGUACUUAAUUGCGUGUAGAAAAGUCAAGAUAUAAAAAUUUACUUAGGAAAGCCUUUGAAAAGCAUCUAAAAGGUAACGAAGUGCUUUGGCAGCGAUAAACAGGAAAGCGGAAAAAAUCGAAUUUCUCAUAACUCGGUUGGCCUUCGGAGCGUUGAAGACGAGUGAAAAAAAGUGUGAGGAAAUGUGAGAAUUAAUAUUUAUAAAAUAUUUUAAUAUAACUUACAAAAGUUUAUAAAAACAUAUUUAAAAAGUGUGUAAAAUUAUAUUGGCGUUUAAUUUUCCACCAAAAGAAAAAUAUUUCUGUAAAUUUGCAGUAUUUGUAAAUGCCAACAAAUUUUUUCUUGUGGUUCUCAAGCAGACAAUUGGAAGAGGCAUAUAACAAAGCAGAAUAUUACUCGUAGGAGCAAUGAGUUCAUGAAUGAUUAUUAAUGAAAAAAGACAUGAACAAUGAUAGUGCAACGCUCACGCUUAAACGAAAAUCCAAAAGGUUUAAUUAAAAAAUAGAAGGGAGUAAGAGGAAAGAAAGUUAACGAGCCGUAAGCAUCAUUAGCAGGCGAGAUUAAGUGAGGCCAACGAACGAGAACUGUGUAAGGACUAGGAGGCGACAAAAUAAAAGAACCGAACGAAAGAAUACGCAGACAAAAACACAAGAACAACGAACCAUAUUUAAAACAAAAACAAGAAAAAAACACAAGGACAAUAGCGCUAUUGUUACGUUAGAAAUUCGAGUUUGCAUACCAAAAAUUGCAACUGUCUACAACAGAUAGUGGGGAUCCAAAUAAAAGUUACAUAGGCAUGGCUCAGUAUGGUGGCACGCCCAACCCAUUUGCUGGUAGCGGCGGAGGCGGUGGCUAUGAACAGCAACCCAGCUAUGGCGGCGGCGGUGGUUAUGGCCAACAGAUGGGCGGUUACGAUCAAACAGGUGGAGGUUAUGACCAAAGCGGUGGCGGUUACGAUCAAAGUGGUGGCUAUGGUGGCCAAGCCAUGCCGAAUGCUGGUUUAGGUGCAGUACCACAGCAACCAUAUGGCAUGGCAGCACGUCCGCGUGUUGAUGUGGAAGCCACUGGUGAAGUGGAUCCAACGCUCUAUCCCGAGGCCAAGGAAUCAACGCACAAAAUACGCGGUCAUGCCGAUAUUAUCGAAAUGCUUUUCGGUCCCACUGAACACGAACUCAUACCGGUGAAGGCUUUCUAUUUCUUCUUCUUCGCAGCUUUUGGUUCGCUCUUCCCGCUGAUGGGCGUAUACUUUAAACAGAUGGGUAUGAAUCCGGGCCAAUGUGGCAUAUUGAUUGGUAUGCGUCCAUUUGUGGAGUUCUUAUCGGCACCCUUCUGGGGCUCCUACGCUGAUCGUUGCCGUCAGGGCAAGAAAUUGCUUUUGGCCUCACUCGCUUGCUGGGUGCUGUUUACCAUUCCUUUGAGUUUCAUCAAACCAGAAGCUGUAAAUUGCAUCGAACGCAAGAAUGAAACCGAUUUCGUUUUGACUUUAACGCGCACCAAACGUGACCUCUCCGCUUAUGAUAUGGCCGAUAUGAAUAAAGAAAGCACCGAGAGUUUCGAUACGCCCGCAGCUUUGCGUGGUGCUGCCGCGAUGCCCGCUAUUAAAAUGGAGGAGGACUCGCAUAUUAGACGCAAGCGUUCUUUGAUCCCCCGCAUCGACGCCGGCAUCUCACCCAUCCACAUCAAUUUUGUUAGUAACUACGAUCACAAACAACAUCAGGACUAUGUCAGCCCGAUCUUCUCCUCCAUGGUCUACCGCACACCGGACAUCCAAAAAGCCUUCUUUCUGCUUUUGCUUGUCAUUUUGAUAGGCGAGUUCUUUAGCGCUCCCGCCAUUACACUUGCCGAUUCAGCGGUCAUAACUUUGCUUGGCGACGACGCGGAUAAAUAUGGCCAUCAGCGGAUGUUCGGCUCACUCGGCUGGGGUAUUUCCAUGUUUGUUGUGGGUAUAGUGCUCGAUCAUUCUACACGCUUCUCGCAUCACCCUUGUGGUGCUGGACAUAUGGAAAAAAAUUAUAAUAUCUGCUUUGCCAUUUUCUCGGUGCUGAUGUCUUGUGCCAUCGCUUCGGCGGCAAAGAUUACAUUCAAAUAUGAUCCAAUCGAUAUGGAGCAACAGCCCGCUGAGAAUCCAGAUAUUGCGGCCAAUAAACAAGCAGAAGAUGAGUCUAUGGCCGAGCUGGCCGCGCAGCUGAAUUUGCCUUCGUUGGCGGUUGGUAGUGGUUCGGCAGUGGUGGGUAAGGCACCACAGGCUGCUGUCGGUGCACAGUCGAAAAUAUUUGCUCAAACCACUAAGGAAAUGCCCGAGUGGCUGACUGUGUUGACACAUUUUAAGGAUAUUAAAACCAUUUCCUUCCUAUUCGUGGCCUGGUUCAUGGGCUUUGGCAUUGGCUUGAUUUUCACCUUUCUUUUCUGGCAUCUGCAAGAUUACGGUGGCACACCAACGCUCUUCGGUGUUGCUUCGGUGAUUAAUCACGUAUCCGAGAUCUUUGCUUACUUCUACAGCUUCCGUUUCAUCACGCAAAUCGGUCAUAUUAAAGUGUUGUGCCUGGGAUUGAUGGGCAAUGUGCUACGUUUCUUAUAUAUUUCAUAUACGACCAACCCAUGGAUGGUAUUGCCAUUCGAACUGAUGCAGGGCGUCACGCAUGCCGCCGUAUGGGCCGCCUCCUGUUCAUAUAUUGCGCACAAUACACCCAAACAUCUCAGAGCCUCAGCACAGGGCGUUUUACAAGGCAUACACCACGGACUGGGACGCGGUUGUGGUGCGAUCAUUGGCGGUAUGUUUGUCACAUAUUACGGUACUACGAAAACAUUCCGCGGCUAUGGCUUGGUUUGCCUCGUGGUCUUAGGUAUUUUCAUCUUUGUGAACUUCUAUCGCAAAGAUCAGGGCUUCAUCUCGGAACUGCCACCAACGGAGGAUCCACGUCAGGUGGCGGAGGAGACCUCACAUCUGGCGCCACAUGGUGUGCCCAGUAAUCCGAUACCGCGCGCACUUUCCAAUGCGCGUCUGAACGAGAUGAAUCCAAAUGGUGGCACUGGCAACAGCUACGGCACCUAUCAGACCUCGGGCGGUAAUCUUGAUAUACCUGGUGCCCAGCCACACAAUCCAUUCGCGCAAUAAAUUUAACGAGAAAAUCAAGGACGUGGUGCUUAUUUCCUUGGAGUUUGGACAUAUUUGGGAAAUUAGUGAAGGGUUUGUGAGGUAAAAAGUUUUUGAUGAUUUUGCAUUUACGUAUGCAUGUAAUUAUGUUAGAACAGUUUUGAUGAAAUCUAUUUGUAUAGUUUAAAUAUGUAUAUUGAUAGGAAAAUAUUGUUACUAAAUCUAAACGUGUUAUUAAUAAGAAAACGGAGUUAUAGUAGAGCGCGAGAAUUAGGGAGGAUGCGAAAAGCACGCUGCUGUCCCCUUUGGAAUUAGUUAAGCUCUCAGGAGCACGUCCAAGCGCUGAAAGUUUAUACUACAGACUUUGGCACCAGGGCGGCGAUGAAGCAUCAAAUACCGGUUAUUGUCUUAGCUCUGAGAGAGGUACUAUAAAAAAGUCAGGGACAUUGAAUUUCUCCCAGUCAAUGGGGAUCAUUAUCCAUAUUUCAAGGCUGCGAGUCGAUCUUUUAUCUUCAGUUGGGCGGAAUGUAAGACUUACAACUGGCUAUUAGCGAGCAUUGGAAAAUGGAUGGAAAAGUUGGAAGAGGGAUAUACUCCUAUGAAGUUUUUGAAGCCAUACAUUUGAGUUUCGCCAUCUUUUUCUUCUUCUUGAUCGGCGCAAUAACGAUUUACGCGAUUUUGGCCGACUUUAACAAAGCGCGGCAGUCGUUUCUUUUCCCAACGAAGCUGCUAGAUUUUUAUUUGCUACGCUAAGUCUAUGUCGUUGUAAAGCUCAUACAGCUCAUUGUUCCAUUGCUUGCGAUACUCGCCGUCGCCAAUGUGCAAAGGUCCAAAAAUCAUCCGUAGAAUCUUUCUCUCAAACACUCCAAGUGACGCCUCAUCGGAUGUUGUCAUCGUCCAAGCAUAUGCAACAUACGGGUAUGAUGUGGGUCUUAUAAGGUGUUAGUUUUGUUCAUCGAGAGAUAACUUUUUCGACUAUUUACGUUUAUUUGAGGGAGAGAUAAAUAAUUUCAGAGAAGUGCAUAACCAUUCCAAGGCUUCAAAUCAUUGAUAAUGCGAUCUUAAGUGGUUUUAAAAUAUGUGAAAUAAUCUAUGAACGAAUCGAAAUGAAUUGUGAUCAAAAUUACAAAGGUACUAGGACAGCGUUACCAUAAAUAUUACCAGUAGCAUUAUCACGACCAUGACCACGAGCAAUACCAUUACCAUUCCAAUACCUUUACCAUUACAAUUACCCUUACCAUUAGGAUCGCAUAUAACAUUUCAAGUACUUUUAUCUUCACCAUGACCACGACCUAUAUCAUUUGAAGUACUUUUAUCUUUACCCCGACCACGACCUAUAUAUUACCAUUACUAGUAUCGUUACCAUUCCUUCUUGUCAAUACCAUUACCAUUACAAUUACACUUACCAUUACUUUUAUUUUUACCACGAUUACGACCUAUCAUUUCGAAUAUCAUUACUAUUACCAUUCCAAUACAAUUACCACUAUCAUUGCAACUAUUAAUAUCUUUACCAUUACCCUUACAUUGCCAUAAUCGUUACUGAUGACUUAAGGAGAGUGAGAACGGAAUAAUUAGUGUGAGAUGGUCGAAAGAUCAAGUAUUAAGCUUUUGAGUGCUAGUCGAUACGCGUAUCCAAUUUGUUACUACAGGCUUCACUGGGCGGGUAUAAUCAAAUGAGGUUUAGGAAACUCUUAACACUUCCCAAGGACAAACUGAGAAUGCUCACGGGUAUUCUCCCUGAAUGUGACACCGUAGCGCGAAGAAGGAUGAGACAUCUCGGCCAGAACAAAGGCAAAUAGGCUCAACCCAGCCCAGAGCUAUCUUAAGUUUAAUAAGGGAAAACUGUCAAAGCUCCCUGUUAAAGCUUUAAUUUUUCCACAAAAAAAUUUGCAACAAUUUCAAUGCAAAUAUCUUGAAAAGUAGUACACAAAAAAAAUUAACUCCAUUUGCGGAAUCAGCGAGCGAUUUUACAUGGGAAUUGGAGAGUGGCAGCUGGUGCCAAUUUUUGGUGUGAACCAGUGCAACUAAAUAAAAACGUCUGCUAACAAAAUAAUUUACACCUCACAACGUUGGCCUCUACUAUGACUCGUAUAUGUACAACAACUAUCCUCUAUACCAGUUUGUUUUGUUACAUUGAUAGUUAAUUGAGCAGUAAGCGAAAUCGCAACAAAAAAAAGUAGUUAUAUUUACUAGUGAACUUUAUAUUUAAUUCAAAAUUACCAAAAUAAUUCUAGAUGUGUUUUUUCGAUUAAAACUUUCAUGAACUGUUCAAAAAUAUUAAAAAUAUGACGUACCAAAAAAUUUAGAUAUAAAAUGAGUAAAAAUAAAAAAAAUAUGAAAAACAAAAUGUGUAAGUAAAAAUAAAAAAAAUUUUAAUGAAAGCAAAAGAAAUUGAAAAAGCAAAAACACAAAACGAAAUUAAAAAUGUACUAACCAAAAGAACGCAUACAUGGUAAUGAAAAACAAUCAACUUGAAUGUGCAGCGACACGAUAGCAAAGCAAAUCAGCUCAGUGAAGAAUUUGUAACGAAUAAAAUGUUAAAAAAUAUGUAAAAACUUAUAUACGUAGGAAUGUAAGGGAAAACGAAAGCGUUAACGGAGAGUGGUUAAGCAAAAUACUACUGCAAACAUAUCUUGGAAAAUGGCCUGCUAAAGCAAAGAAUUUUAUAUUUUUAGUUGCCUUGCUGAGUUUAUUGCGAUUUAUAGAAAAUCGAUAAAAAUUUGCAUAAAUUAUUUUUACAUUUAUUUACAGCGAAUAUUUAGCAUAAACAAAUUAUUGGAAAAUUUUGAAUGCCAGUUUGAAGAGAAAUAUUUUUUGUGCGCACCAAACUACAAAUACUAAAUGUUAAAAAAUAUAUAUUUUUAAAUACAACAAAGUAGUGUAGCAGCAGUUAAUGUUAUAUACAAGCACAUAAGUACAUAAACAUCUCACAUACAUACAUACAUACCUACAUACAGCUAUAUAUCAACAUACUCGUAUAUAUGUAUAUGUUUAAGUGAGCCUUGCUGGCACUGAUGAAAUUUUAUGCAAGUACACAAAUAUGGAACAAAUUUCAAGGAGGUCUGAAGCUAGAAAUUUUGCAAAAAACAUAUGAAAAUUAUAGCAAACUAUGAAAUGUAAGGGCAAGUGGUACUGAACAAGUAUAGCUAAUGCUACGAAUUAUCGUAGGAAAUAUUUAAUUUAUUUAAACGAUUAUUUCAUAGCGCGUAUUUGUUGAAAAAAUUUGCAUUACAUUUAUUAGCUUAAUUUAUAAAAAAUAAGUUCUAGUUAAAAUAUUUUUACAAGUAUCUCUCAAGGGUUUUUUUAGUUGCAAUAGUGCUCAGGAAUUAUAAGAAGAAUUCGUAUUCUUAAGGAAAAUAUUUCUGUUUAAAAUAUUUAUUCUUACUAGGAUAUUUACAUUUAUAUUUUCAAUUAAAUUUAAUUAGUAAAUAUAAUAAAAUAAGAUAAAGCAAGAUUAAACAAAAUAAAUAAUAAAACUAAUAAAAGCUAAAAACUUAAAAACUAAUAUUAAAUUAAA